CACAAUGGUGGCAAGGUGCCCCCGGCUCUGGUCGCUCACCCUGGAGGGGAACCCUUUGCCAGAGCACUCCUUCCAUGUGCUGAUGGGGGCCAGCAGCACGUGAGUGCCAGGCUGAUCCCUUGGCACAGCGCUCAGAUCCCCAGCUACAGAGUGACUCCCCCCAAUGUCUCCCACCUCCCCCCAACCCCAGGCUGUCCCACCUGUCUCUGCGCAACAACUGCAUUGAUGACAGGGCUGCACAACUGCUGGGACAGGGCCUCUCCAGCAUGAGCUCCUCCAACCACAGCCUGCUGUCGCUGGUCCUCAGCUUCAACCGCAUCUCUGACGUUGGUGCAGAGCACAUUGCUGAGGGGCUGCGCUGGAACCGCUCACUGCUCUCCCUGUCCCUGGCCCACAACCGCAUUGGGGACGUGGGGGCAGUGAAGCUGGCAGAGGUGCUGCAGCCCUUCAAGCUGAGGCACGAGGAGGUGGUGGAGCGCAGGCGGCUGCUGAUGGAGGAGCAGGGACAGCCCCAUGCAGCUGAAUCCAGCAGUGGGCAUGCCCUCAGCCUGCAGGGCAGUGCAGCUGCAGGCAAGCUGUCUCCAGCCAAGCAGCGCACGGGCACAACCAAAAAGAAGGAGCUGCUGCGGAAGGACAAGAGCAAGCAGAGCAAGAAGUCAACGGCCCCUUCAGACUCCCGCCGCAGCCGUGGUGCAAAGGGUGCCAUCGGGGAGCAGCAGGGCACUGAAGCAGGGGAUCCAGCUGAGCCCAGGCACCCACUGCUGGAGCCGGGCUUGCACCGCGAUGGGAAUGUCAUCCUGCCUGGGAACCGGGUGCUCCUCAACCUCAACCUGUCCCACAACCGGAUCACGGAGCGAGGCCUGGGCGCGUUGCUGGCUGCGGUGGAGGAGCAGGAGGAGCAUGAGGGAGCCGGAGGGAAACAGGGGCUGCGUUGCCUCUCAUUGAAUAGGAACAGCUUCUCCAGUGCCUGUGCCGCCUUCACCCGGCUCCAGGAGCUGCUGCUGCAGCGGGACCCCCUCCCCAAGCCUGCAGAGGAUGAGGAGGAGCGCAGCCAGGAUCCCUGAGUGCCGUGAGAAGCAGCGCUUUUCUGGGCUUUUAAAAAUAAAUUUAUUUUUAAUUAUUGUUUUCCAUGGAAGGGAAAAAAAAAAGGAAACUGCUGGUAGCAGCUGCACGGAUCCCAGGAAGG